AUGCCAGAGCCUAGCGUCAGACAACCGGGCAACGGUGUCUCUGUUCAUCCUGCAUGCAGCCCUUUGCAUUUCCUCCCGUCACACAGGUUCGCCGGCCAAUACGGUGUGGGACAGCAAAUGCCCCAAACCCUAUUAUGUUGCCCUUUCAAAGCUCCUCCUUGUGGUCCUCGAAGGUAUAUUUUCAAACGACGGCUGAGCGGCUGGCCCACUUCUUCUUCUCCCACCAAACCCGAAUUCCCAGCAGCGGCAGCCCGCCAACAGGGACGGAUCUCUGAGCUCUACCUGCAUCCAAACACAGUUGCCAUCAACAAACCUGGACCAUCAACGCCAGAUGAAAGGAGACAAAUAGAUUAA